AUGGGGACCACCAUGUGUGUGCCGCUGCGGCGGCGCGAGGAGAGCCCGCUGUCGUACUUCGGCAUCCCGGUGAGCACCCUCGCCGUCUACGAGCAGCGGGUGGUGCAGCAGUCGACCAGCUACAUCCCCGGCAUCCCCGUCCUGCUGCAGGACAUCGCAUUUUAUUGGGACUCGCAGGUCGAGGGAGACGCCGCCGUCGGGAAGACCGCGGCUGUUUCGCCGGACAGCAUAUGGAUUGCCGCGGUGGAGAAAACAAUCAACGAGUUUGCGAGGAAUUGCAAGCUUUUCUCGUUUCGUAAGAAUACCCGUGCGGGGAAAGGCAGCGGCGACGCAAAGAAGAAGUCCUUUGGGAAGUACGCCAGUCGUGUCUUUGAGAAGCCCUUUCAUGCCCUUAUGGGGAAGAUGCCUCUCCGUGCUCCACACUUUGUCGCCAUCCUGACGCUCUUCCUUCGCAAGCUGCCAGAGCCGCUGCUGACCUCCCUGUUCGUGCGCCAGAUGGAGGACAUUUUGGGCAAUAAAACUUUAACCGAAGAGGAAAAGGCCCAGGCACUGCAGAAGUCAAGCCGUCAGACCUUUUUGUCCACCCAUCCCGCAGAGCACGCUGUCUACCAGUAUCUGAAGCAGUUGGUGCAGCGUCAUCGCGCCGAGUUGAUUGCGGCGGAGGUAGAGAUGUUGGCGCAUGCAAUGGCGCGAGAGCCAACGGAGCAAGUGACGGAGUUCAUCCUGCAGCAGCUGCGUCCAGUUGUGGGGCCCGUGUUGCCCACGCCGAAGCGGGAGGUGCUAACGGACAACAAGACGGAAUUGAACGCUCCUAGUGACGCCACGCCAAGGGCAUUGACUGAUGUUGCGGGCGGCGCUGAGGAGGCUGUGCCGUAUUCCGCGCCAGGCUCUCCGCAUGCUGAUGGGACGGCGAGGGAGGCGCACGCGUCAACACACGGCACAUCGGCUGGGUCGUCGCACUCGGCGUCUGCGCGAGGCGCCUGCAGUGACAAGGCGGAAACCAACGGAGGCAAGCAGAAGAAGAAGUCUGCUGACGGAAACCUGUCGGCGGAGGGGGGGACGGGAAAGAGUCCUUCAACGCGCUACGCGGACUCCGCGACGUCGUCCUCGUCAAGCGACACAAAGGCGACGAAGAAGAAGAAAGAGAAGGAGAAUUCAAAAACCAGCGCGAGUCGCGGCGAGGGGGUUUCCGCUGCCUCCAAAUAUGCCAAGGUCGUUCUUGGCCAAACAGCCGAUUCAAGCAGUACCGCGGGGGACUUGGCGGGCCCAAAGAAUCUGGCAGCCACACCACACCGCGAGGCGCUUUUUGCGGAAUCCGUGCAGGCGGCGGACACUUCUGAUGCGGCGUCAAUAGAGGCUGCGAGUGCUCACGUUGCCGGUGGUGGAGGUGGCGUGGCGAACAAAGCCACCGUCGAGGCGCUUUCCGGACCGUGCGACGCAGCCAAGCUGGAGGAGAAGCCCGUCAGGCGGCGGCAGCAGCCCCCACAGCCCUGCAUGUCCAGCGGGACAAGCCGCUCACUACUUAGCCUCAGCAGGGCCGCCGAUUCCCCGGUGCCUGGAGGGGAAGUGAAGGAUGUUGACGGGGCUGAGGGGUGCGAGAAGCAGCAGCAGCUGCCGCCGCGACGGAUGCUGUCGUGUUUGCAGACGCCAUCCCCCCACGCUCAACCGGCGGGCUCGUUGCUUGCAGCAACACUUAUUACUGGUAGUAGCUUCUCGAGCCCGAUCGCGUGCGGCGGAAAAGAGCCCCAUGAUAGCGCCCCCAGGUUUUUUGCGGAGCAACACCCUCGAUGCGCCGCGUUGCUGGGGGCAAAGCAGCUGUUCCUUGGCAAGCAGCUUCUUCCCGCGAAGCAAAUCCAGUCAGAGACGAGGCAACCAUGGUCGCCGACGGAAUCGGUCGAGGUGAAAGCGAAGGGGUCCGAGUCGGAGCCCCUUUCCACAAGACAAGGCGCAGAGCACGCGACGGAGGCUGCUCUCAACGACACCUGCGGACAACCGCUCCCCCACGACACAGAAACAGGUUUUUUUCCCCACGACGACACCGAUAGAACUCCUCGUGUGCAGGAUGAAGAGGUGCUGCCGAGGGUUAUUCAGCCACUUGUGGCGAAGCUGGAGCAGCUAACCGCGCGGUGUGCCGCUUUUGAGCAGCUGUUGAGGGCAUCGGGGACCCUGGCGCCGCCCCAAGAGGACCCACAAGCUAUGAAACAAGUGGUGGAGGAGGUGACGCAUAUGAAGGAGAUUGUGCGGCAGCUGGUGGAGAGUAGUUUUGGAAGCGUGGAGGAUAUACAGAAUCUUCAGAGGAAGCUUGAGGAGCAGGCAAAGCGGCUGGAAUGCAACAAGGCCGCGGAGCAAAGCUGGCGAAGCGAGGCCUUGAGUGCGAAGGAGAUGGCGCUGGAAGCACAACGUCGCUGUGCCGACUUGCAAAAGGCCCAAAUUCAGAAUCAUCAGUCCUGCCAGUACAUGUCUUUGAAGCUGAGGGAAUUGGCAGCCAAGCUAGAGCACGGAGAAAAGGAGAGUCUCGAUUUGAAAGUUGAGCUUUCUACACUUCAGCGGCAGGCUGUAUUGAUGCGAGAGAAACUUCUCUCUACUCGUUGA